AUCGAACUGUUGGCAUUGAGCGCCUCCGUAGACGAUAGAAAUGCACUACGAUCCUUUCAAACCUCGAGAAGAGCAUCACUACAAGGAUUACUAUCCUAACUUGGACGAAGAGUCGUUGUUGUAUGUGAGUGUUAAGACAGAUCAGUCGAGCAGUGCUAGCGACAGUGGAAGUGGUAGUGGUAGUAAUAGCAGCCGCCGGUCGAGCAGAAUACACCAUCUCAACAAGCCAGUGUUCAACAAGAUACCGAAGGAGGUGCUUCCAAGGGACAACAGCAAGAUUCCAAGGUCGAUUGCACGGCUUGGUUAUAAGGUGAGCUCGCUGUCUCAAGUCUCAAGCACGUACAUUCGGGAGAACGACCAGUUUGUUGAGAGGGAGCAGAACAACCAGUUCUUUCUGGACAUUUCGAAGAACCAGUUGAACUUCAAGUCUUCGUACGACAUGGACGAACAGGAUAACUACUAUCUGGCCUAUCUGAACAGUACAUCUGAAGACCAAAAAACGGUCAUUUCAAGAGAGCUGUUUGAGUGCGCUAUGACUUUGCUGGAGAAUGAAUGGUACCAUCUCGAGCGGAAGAUACCCCCAAAGUUACGACAUUCUUAUAAAGAAUCUGAUGAGCUGAGUGCAAAGGACACUGCAGCACGAGCCUUCACAGAUCUAUACGGAUCUGAUGAUGGCAUUGGUAUGCACGUGAUGGAGGAACAGCACUGUGCCGUCUGUGAUGGCACUGAUUGUGAUAACUCGAACGCAAUCAUAUUCUGCGAUGGAUGUGAUAUUGCAGUGCAUCAGGACUGUUAUGGUGUGGUGUUUAUCCCUGAGGGUCAAUGGCUCUGUAGAAGGUGUAUGGUUUCGAAAAAGCGUAAGAUCAAGUGCCAGUUCUGCCCCUCAACAACGGGUGCAUUUAAGCAGACAGAAAAUGGACUAUGGUCCCAUGUUCUUUGUGGGCUGUGGAUUCCAGAGUUAUACUUUGCAAGUGCUGGUCAUAUGGAACCAAUUGAAGGAAUUGAAGCGAUUCCAAAGGGCAGAUGGAAACUACAAUGCUAUCUAUGUAAGCAGAAGGUUGGCGCACCUAUUCAAUGUGCCAAUAAGAGUUGCUUUGCAGCGUUCCAUCCAACCUGUGCAAGACGUGCAGGGCUAUUGAUGACCAUGGAUAAAGGUAUUCAAGGUGCAGUUCUGGAUAAGACCUCGAUGGCUGCAUGGUGUCAUAAACAUUCAUCUGCAGAGUAUAACAAAGAACAUAAGGUACUUGAGGGUAUUGAAAAGACCAGGUUGUAUUUCAGCACAAUUGAAUCGUUAAACCAUCAACAUAACAAGAACUCGUUCCGUGUGGAUAAGAAAAAUGCAAUACAGAAGAAGAAGAAAUGGAAAACAUCAAAGGGUACACCGAUACCACCAAACUAUUUCGCAGAGAUACUCACCAGAUUCUUGACAAAACUAAAGAUAAAUGGUGAUAAUGAGACGCUAUCUCAGAAACUUACAAAGUACUGGUGCAUGAAACGUGAGAUGAAGAGAGGUGCACCGUUGAUACGAAGAACCGACGGUGCAACUGCUUAUAAUGGUGGUAAUCCAGAGGAUAUCACUGAGAAGCUCACAUUUGCAGAGACUCUGCUCCAGGACAUUGUAAAGCUGGAGGACAUAAGCAGCUCAAUCACAAAGAAGGCCCAGUUGCAAUUGGAGUCUCAAAGGGAAGAGACCAAUAUCGUUAAUCUCACCUAUUUCCCCUAUAACUCUGCAAUUGAAACAAUUAUGAAGAAGAUCCUCAACAUAGACUCCUCAAGGUUUCUCUUGGAUGUUGAUGUAACAAGUGUUGACGCUAAGUGCACUACACUGUCUCAAAUGAAGCUGAAAGUCGAUAAAAAGGCCUACCAUUCAAUCGAUGAAUUCAUCGCAGACAUUGAAGGGUUCUUCGCAGUCGUUGAUCAGAUGGAUAAACCUGUUCUAUCAAAGGCGAUCCGCAGGAUUGCCAGAGAGGUUCUCAAUGAUCUACAAACCAUCCAGCAGUCUGGGGACUGGAAUGCUUUAAGGAAGGACUUUGUCGAUGCUGAUGGGCUGAACAUCGUGAUUGCGCAGAACUACUGUGGGCUGCGAGCCAUGGGAGAUGUCAAUCUUAGUGAUAUUGAAAGUAGUUGAUGCUGUACGUACCAUCGAUAUAUGAGCUAUGAUCAUGAGAUAUCGCGUAGAUAACGUCCUCAGGCCUGCUGUGUGUGGUGUUUACCAGUUGAUAUUUAUAUUGCGGAGGCCAUCCCCGUUUCUACAACGAUGAGCCUACAUCUUCUUGCCUCAAGAUAAGAGCAAUCAACCAAUUACCAG